AUGUGAUUUACUGAAAGGAGAGAGCUGAUGUCUGAUAGCUCUGUAACAUCUAAUUGGUUGGCAUGCACCUUGUUAAACUUGAGUGCAGUUAUUUAAGCCCACAAUGUAGUGGCAAAAGAAUACAACAAAAGAAUUCAAGGAAGACACAUCUCUUUUAUGAUAGGCCUAUCCAGCAGGAAAAAAAACUAAGUUUGCUGUUUGGAACACAAAUUUUCUCAGGGUGCCACAAACUACAGGCCGGCCCUAUGUGAACUUGACAAGAGUGAUUAGAAGAUCUAAGUCAUCAUAACCUGGUGUUUUAAAAAUCAAGCAGUAUGGUGCCAGAAGAAGCAGUAGAAGAACAAAGGGCAACUCUACGAUACACACUGCAAGCAACAUGGAAACAAACACCCCUAACAGUAACAAUAGCAAUGACAGUCGCAGUAGCUGCAGCAGUAGUAGCAAUGGUGGGAACAACAAUAGCUGAAGCAGUAGUAGGAGCAACAGCAGGAGCAGCAGCUGGAACUUGCAUUUUACAAUCACUAUGGGAAGAAAGUAGAACAGGAGCAGCAGCAGUAGCAGUAACAGCAGUUGCAGGAGGCCUGGCAGGAACAGCAGCAGCAAUCUUGCGAUCACUGGUAGCAGCACAAUCAUUAACAGGAUCAGCAGUAGCUGGAGCAAUGGCAGGAGCUGCAAUAGUAGCAAUAGCAGGAACACAAUUACAGUGGGUGAUAAAUAUACUACAGAUGGCAACAGAUAAACUACAAUGGGUUUUAGCCUUUGUUAAAAGAGUAAAAGCAGCAGUACAAUGGGGCAGACAUGUAUUACCCACAGCAACACUAAUUGUAGGAUCAGGAUCAGCAGCAAUAGCAGCAGCAACAGCAUCAUUAGGAAGGGCAUCACAAGAAGAACCAACAGCACCACCACGAGAAAAACGAACAGCACCACCACGAGAAGAACCAACAGCACCACCACGAGAAGGACCAACAGCACCACCACGAGAAGAACCAACAGCACCACCACGAGAAGAACCAACAGCACCACCACGAGAAGAACCAACAGCACCACCACGAGAAGAACCAACAGCACCACCACGAGAAGAACCAACAGCACCACCACAAGAAGAAUCAACAGCACCACCACAAGAAUCAACAGCACCACAAGAAUCAACAGCAUCAAGCGGAGCAUCACAGUUAGUAUCAUCAGCAUCAAGAGAAACAUCAUUUGCAGUAUCAGCAGCAUCAAGAGGAGCAUCACUGGCAGCAUCAGGAGUAUCAGGAGGAGCAUCACUGGCAGCAUCAGGAGUAUCAGGAGGAGCAGCAUCAGGAGUAUCAGGAGGAGCCUCACUGGCAGCAUCAGGAGUAUCAGGAGGAGUCUCACUGGCAGCAUCAGGAGUAUCAGGAGGAGUCUCACUGGCAGCAUCAGGAGUAUCAGUAGGAGCAUCACUGGCAUCAUCAGGAGUAUCAGUAGGAGCAUUACUGGCAUCAUCAGUAGUAUCAGUAGGAGCAUUACUGGCAUCAUCAGUAGUAUCAGUAGGAGCAUUACUGGCAGCAUCAGGAGUAUCAGUAGGAGCAUUACUGGCAUCAUCAGUAGGAAUGAGAUACAAAUCUCCACAGAUGGACAAGUCAUGGACUGAGAAGACAACAGUUUUAGGAGGAACAUCACAACCAGAAUCAGGCGAAGCAUCACAAGCAGAAUCAGUAUCAUCAGGAGGAGCAUCACAAGCAGAAUCAUCAUCAUUUGGAGGAAUAUCACAAGGAGAAUCAGCAGCAUCGGGAGGAGCAUCACAGGCGGAAUCAACUGUAUUCAAAGGAGUAUCACAAGAAAAAUCAGCAGCAUCAGGAAGAGCACCACAAGCAGAAUCAGUAGUAUCAGGAGGAACAUCACAAGCAGAAUCAGUAGCAUCAGGAGGAACAUCACAAGCAGAAUCAGAGUUAUCAGAAGCAGAAUCAGAAACAUUGCAAGCAGAAUCAGCAGCAUCACAAGCAGAAUCAGUAUCAUCAGGAGGAGCAUCACAAGCAGAAUCAUCAUCAUUUGAAGGAAUAUCACAAGGAGAAUCAGCAGCAUUGGGAGGAGCAUCACAGGCAGAAUCAACUGUAUUCAAAGGAGUAUCACAAGAAAAAUCAGCAGCAUCAGGAAGAGCACCACAAGCAGAAUCAGUAGUAUCAGGAGGAACAUCACAAGCAGAAUCAGUAGCAUCAGGAGGAACAUCACAAGCAGAAUCAGAGUCAUCACAAGCAGAAUCAGAAACAUCGCAAGCAGAAUCAGCAGCAUCAGGAAGAGCAUCACAAGCAGAAUCAGAGUCAUCACAAGCAGAAUCAGAAACAUCGCAAGCAGAAUCAGCAGCAUCAGGAGGAACAUCACAAGCAGAAUCAGUAGCAUCAGGAGGAACAUCACAAGCAGAAUCAGAAGCAGAAUCAGAAAUAUCACAAGCAGAAUCAGAAACAUCACUAGCAGAAUCAGAAGCAUCUCAAGCAGAAUCAGAAACAUCACAAGCAGAAUCAGAAGCAGAAUCAGAAGCAUCAGAAGCAGAAGCAGAAAUAUCACAAGCAGAAUCAGAAGCAUCACCAGCAGAAUCAGCAGCAUCACAAGCAGAAUCAGCAGCAUUAGGAGGAACAUCACUAGCAGAAUCAGAAGCAUCUCAAGCAGAAUCAGAAGCAUCAGAAGCAGAAGCAGAAAUAUCACAAGCAGAAUCAGAAGCAUCACCAGCAGAAUCAACAGCAUCACUAGCAGAAUCAGGAGGAGCAUCACAAGCAGAAUCAGAAACAUCACUAGCAGAAUCAGAAGCAUCUCAAGCAGAAUCAGAAACAUCACUAGCAGAAUCAGCUGCAUCACAAGCAGAAUCAGUAGCAGCAGGAGGAACAUCACAAGCAGAAUCAGAAGCAGAAUCAGAAGCAUCAGAAGCAGAAGCAGAAAUAUCACAAGCAGAAUCAGAAGCAUCACAAGCAGAAUCAGCAGCAUCAGGAGGAACAUCAGAAGCAGAAUCAGAAUCAGAAUCAGAAGCAUCAGAAGCAGAAGCAGAAAUAUCACAAGCAGAAUCAGAAGCAUCACAAGCAGAAUCAGCAGCAUCAGGAGGAACAUCACAAGCAGAAUCAGAAACAUCACUAGCAGAAUCAGCUGCAUCACAAGCAGAAUCAGUAGCAUCAGGAGGAACAUCACCAGCAGAAUCAGCAGCAUCACUAGCAGAAUCAGGAGGAGCACCACAAGCAGAAUCAGAAACAUCACUAGCAGAAUCAGAAGCAUCUCAAGCAGAAUCAGAAACAUCACUAGCAGAAUCAGAAGCAUCUCAAGCAGAAUCAGAAACAUCACUAGCAGAAUCAGAAACAUCACUAGCAGAAUCAGAAACAUCUCAAGCAGAAUCAGCAGCAUCAGGGGGAACAACUGGAUUAAGCCAAGGAUUACUGGAAGGAGGAUUAGGACUUGUGGCAGGAGCAAAAUGCACAAUUUUUGGAUCACAAGGACACAGACAAUUACAGACAAAAGCAGCAGGAAUGGAGAGCAGAGAGCAAUCAGAUUCACCUGAAUACGAAAAGAAGUGUGUAACAGAAAACAGAUUCCCAGAGCAAAUGACUGACCAUUCUACAUCGAAUGACUCAGUUAAGGGAGAAAACAAGGACAUCGGAACAGCAGGAGUUGGUUCAAAUCAAUGCCUACAGCAGGAAAAUACAAAAAAAAUACAGGAUUUAUUUCACAGACUUCAUAUUGAAGGCAGGCACCACUAUAAACUGAGAGCUGCAGAUGUUCUUCAGAUAACUGCACAUUCAUUACAGUCCCAUGAGUCUUGUGCUGAAGAGGAGCUGAUUCAGACUUUCAUACAAAAACUACUGAUGAUGGACUACAGAGUAAGAUACAUUAAUGUCAAUAAGGACAGUGAACAGGAUCACACACAACAAAGACACAAUGACUCAGCUGAAGAUAGUUUUGAUAUAUUCAAAGCAAUGACUUUGUUAAACAAAAGAACAAGUCAGUCUGAGCGAAUCCACCCAAUGGAUGUUCAGAUGGCCGUGUUUCAUUGUGCUGAUGGUUUCCUGAAGCAGCUGAUGGUCACUAAACUGUCCCAGUGUCAGUACGCUCUGCCUCUGCUUGUUCCUGAUCCAUUCACACAACGGAUUGAGUUUCCUCUCUGGACAUUCAGACAAAUCUACAAGAGCUGGAAGAUCAGAAACACCAACAAUGACAUCAUCAGUCAAACCCAGUCGAUCUACAAAGCAGAAACUCCAAUGGUGUCUUUCUUCAGGUUUGGUUCUGUGUCUUCAUCCAAGUCUCAGCUGAUCAACAGUCUGAUCAAUGAGAAACACAACACGUUCUUCCACAGGAACUGCCCAGGCAGCAGCAGAACCAGAGUCCUGAUGGAUGGAGUGGUGGAGAUCGCCUGGUUCUGCCCCUCUGGGAAAAACAUGGAUAAAUUCAAUGACUGUGUUGCGUUCUGUAAUCUACACGGUGAUGCAGGAGACCAUGAGAAACAGUUGCAGAUCCUCACUGAAAUGGCCUCAGUCAAUGUUGUUCUUCUACAACAACUGGACAGGAAUGACAAACACGCAGCAAUAAUGCAAAACCUCUACAAGGACAAAAAGCCACUCAUUUGUCUUUUUACAGAGGAUGAAUCUACUGUAAAUGAGAUGAAGAGAGGGAAAUUCAAAAUCGGUCUGAAGGACAGAAAUCAGUCAGAUGUAUCAGAAGAACUCAGAAGAGCUAUAAAUGAUUGUCUCUCAGAAUCAUAUUCUACUUUCAGACUUAAAGAUGUGUCCAAACACUCAGACAUCAGAGUAGAUGAGGAAGAUGAUGAAGACUGCAGGAGAGGAAGAGAAGCAGCACAGCAGAUGAUGAGUUUACUGGAGAAGAAAGAUCUGACAGAAAUCAAAGAAACAUUUCUGCCUCAUCAGGGGAAACUGUGGCAUCAGUGGAGUGAGAAGAACAAAGAACUACAUCGAUUUCAAGGAAAUGAACUAGAAAUGGACAUCAGUAGAAAACAAACAGAGAUGAAGAACAUCCGUAAACAGCAGCAUGAAUCUGACAUCGGAGAAUAUAUGAAGUUUUUCAUUAAAGAAAUGAACUCACAUGCUGAACACGAGAAGGCAUUUUUCCUUAAAUGGCUCCGAAUCCUCCUGUAUAAAUAUACUUCAGCUGACUUUUCAGAUCUACAUCAUAAAUAUGAUGAAAAGUGGUCAACAGUCUUAAAACUGAAAGAGAACACUGAUAAAUCUGAGCAACUCGAGGCUGAACAAACUGAACUUGAGAAAAUAUCUGAGGAACUUCAAGCUGCAACCUUUGGUUUGGAGCACAUCAUGAGGGAGAUCGGUCAGAUCUAUGAAUCAUGUUCAUCUGUGAAGAAGAACAAGAAAGACCUGCAGUUUCACUUCUCUUCUCUCCCGAGUCUUGCAGCAGAAAUGAUGAUCUCUGGAUUUCCACUGGAGCUGAUGGAUGGAGAUGCAGCUCAUGUUCCUGUGAUCUGGAUCUCUGCUGUUCUAGAUGAACUCAUCCAGAAACUGGGAGACCAGAGAGUCUUUGUGCUGUCAGUUUUAGGGAUUCAGAGCUCUGGGAAAUCCACCAUGCUGAAUGCCAUGUUUGGACUCCAGUUUGCCGUCAGUGCUGGCAGGUGCACCAGAGGAGCUUUCAUGCAGCUGGUCAAAGUGUCAGAUGAGAUGAAAACACAAAUGAACUUUGACUAUAUUCUGGUUGUUGAUACUGAGGGUCUUUGUGCUCUAGAACUGGCUGGAAGAUCAACAAGAGAUCAUGACAAUGAAUUGGCCACAUUUUUUGCUGGUCUUGGAAAUCUAACCUUGAUCAACAUUUAUGGAGAAAACCCACCUGAGCUGCAGGAUAUUCUUCAGAUUGUUGUUCAGGCCUUCCUGAGGAUGAAGAAGGUCAAACUGAAUCCCAGAUGUGUGUUUGUGCAUCAGAACGUCUCAGACGUCAGAGCUGGAGAGAAAAACAUGGAGGGAAGGAGACGACUGCAGGAGACACUGAAUGAAAUGACAAAACUGGCUGCUAAAGAAGAAGACUAUGACGCAGAAUGUUUCAGUGACGUCAUCAGAUUUGAUGUUCAGAAUGAUGUGAAGUAUUUUGCUCAGCUCUGGGAGGGAAACCCACCGAUGGCACCACCAAACCCAAACUACUGCGAGAACAUUCAAGAUCUGAAGGAAACUAUUAUCUCUCAUGCUGCAAAUUCACAUGGAAUGAUGUUUACACACUUAAAAGUUUGUAUUAAAGAUCUCUGGGAGGCUUUACUGAAUGAACAAUUCAUCAUCAGCUUCAAAAAUUCUCUGGAGAUUUCAGCCUACAGGAAACUGGAGACUGAAUACAGCAAGUGGUCCUGGAGGCUUCACAGUGCCAUGAUGGAAACUGAGAACAAACUACAAAAUAAAAUAGAAAAUGAAGAAAUUCAUGAGGUUGAGGAAGCUGAUCUUCAAAGAGAACUGAAGAAGACAAGUGAAGAAGUGGAAAAAUCAAUGUCUGAAUUCUUUAAGAAAGACAGAGAUAAAAAUAGACUGAUUCAGUGGAAAACAACAUUUGAAAUCAAAAUCAGUGAGCUUCAGGAAAACAUUGUGAGAGAAACAAAGAGGAAAUUAAAUGAGAUUCUUCAUCAGCGAGACCUGAAGAAAAAGAUUAACGCUCAGAGGACAAAUCAUGAAAACACUCUCUAUGAAAAGAGCAAAGAACUUGCCUUAGAACUCAAACACAAAGCAAAUGAUGAAAAAACACUGAAGAAAAAGUUUGAUUUGCUUUGGAAACAGAGUGUAAAGAAGAUCACCAGAGACACUCCUCCAAUCAAAGAUAUUGACAUAAUAAGAGAUGUGAGAAAGAUCCUCAGUGACAUCUAUGGAAGUGUUUCUGUCGACCACUGGAAGGUGAGCAGAGAUAUUUUCUCUGUGCUGGGUUAUUAUGAUUAUGUAAAGGUAAAGAGAUCCAGUGGAUUUUUGGCAAAAGCCAUCAGAUCAUCUAAAGAGAGACUUAGUUAUGCUAUCUCUAAAGAGAAUGAAGCUCAAAUAAGUUCAUUAGUCACAGAUGUUGUUCAGCAGACAGACAGAAUGAUUCAGUCAUUUAACAUUGCAAAUAUGGGCUACAACAUCAGCUACAUUCAACAACUCACAGAAUACAUCAAGAAGAGAGUAACAGAACAUCAGGACGGACCAGUGAAUUAUGAGUUCAAGAAAAAAUUCUUCAUGGAUUUAGUUAUCUCCAUCUUUAAGAGAGCAAACAAGAUUAUCACUGACCAACACAGACUGUUCAAGGAAGCCAAUGAUCCUGUUCUGUAUUUGGAGAGGAAGAGAGAAGAGUACUAUAGUAUUUUCCAGAAAUAUUGUCAUGGAGCAACAUCAGCUGCCAUUUUUGGUGAGAUCAUCUGUCAGAAACUUAAAGACCCAAUUGAGCAGAGUCUCUACAAGAAGACUGCCAGAGAUCUGACUGAUGAAAUGAGAUCAAACUGUGAAUCACUGAAUGGAAACAGAUCAAACCUGGAGAAACACAUCCUGAAGACACUGGCAGAGGAGGAGGACUUUGAGAAAUACAUGAACUACAUUCAUAAUCCCAGAGAUCAAUUCAAGAGUUUUAUCAGAGAUGAAGUCAGCCGGUACAUCAUUGAUAAGUUCAGUGUCAGUGUUUUACCAAAUAUGAAGGAGAACAUUGAACUCCUGCAGCAGAAGAUCAUGAAAGCAGCACAUGAAUCUACUGAACAUGUUCAAGUUAACAGAGGAGAUGUUGGUUUGUGGUUGAAGAGUUUCACACAGAAGCUCUCAGAUGUGCUGAUUUUCUCUGAAAAAGACCUCAGUGGAGUGAAUCAUGAUGAUGUUGAUGUGAAUCUCCUAGAAGAUGUGAUAAGACAAGAACUUACCGCAACAAUUUUUGACAUCAGCAAUAAAUUUAAGACUUUUCCAAUAAAGCUGGACUUUAAGUUCAGGCCAGAUGAGCUUCUGAUUGAUCACUUGUGUCAGUGCUGUUGGGUUCAGUGUCCGUUCUGUAGAGCCACCUGCACCAACACCAUAGAAAACCAUGAUAGAGAUCAUAGUGUUCCUUUCCAUAAAGUGACUGGAAUUGCAGGAAUAUUUUACAGAGGAACAAGAACCCUGCCUGUUGAAAUCUGCACAUCAAUGGUAGCAAGCAGAAAUCUUUAUUUGUAUCCCAAUGCCUCAGACGAUUUACUCCUCUGCACAGAAUACAGAAGAGCAGGAGGAGUUUAUGCAGACUGGAGCAUCACCCCUGACCUUUCUGAACUGCCCUACUGGAAGUGGUUUGUAUGCAAAUUCCAAAAAGAUCUGGAAAAACACUACAAUAAAACAUUUGAGGUGAAGGGGACGAUCCCAGAUGAAUGGAGAAAAUACUCAAAACAGGAAGCUAUUGGGAGUUUGGAUCGAUACAUCUCUGAUUCACCUGAAAACACAAAGAAGUGUUUAACAGGAAACGGAUUACCAGAGCAAAUGACUGACGAUUCUACAUCAAAUGACUCAGUAAAGGGAGAAAACAAGGACAUCGGAACAGCAGGAGUUGGUUCAGAUCAACGCCUACAGCAGGAAAAUAUUGGAAGAAAAAAAAAUACAGGAUAUAUUUCACAGACUUUAUCUUGAAGGCAGGCACCACUAUAAACUGAGAGCUGCAGAUGUUCUUCAGAUAACUGCACAUUCAUUACAGUCCCAUGAGUCUUGUGCUGAAGAGGAGCUGAUUCAGACUUUCAUACAAAAACUACUGAUGAUGGACUACAGAGUAAGAUACAUUAAUGUCAAUAAGGACAGUGAACAGGAUCACACACAACAAAGACACAAUGACUCAGCUGAAGAUAGUUUUGAUAUAUUCAAAGCAAUGACUUUGUUAAACAAAAGAACAAGUCAGUCUGAGCGAAUCCACCCAAUGGAUGUUCAGAUGGCCGUGUUUCAUUGUGCUGAUGGUUUCCUGAAGCAGCUGAUGGUCACUAAACUGUCCCAGUGUCAGUACGCUCUGCCUCUGCUUGUUCCUGAUUCAUUCACACAACGGAUUGAGUUUCCUCUCUGGACAUUCAGACAAAUCUACAAGAGCUGGAAGAUCAGAAACACCAACAAUGACAUCAUCAGUCAAACCCAGUCGAUCUACAAAGCAGAAACUCCAAUGGUGUCUUUCUUCAGGUUUGGUUCUGUGUCUUCAUCCAAGUCUGAGCUGAUGAACAGUCUGAUCAAUGAGAAACACAACACGUUCUUCCACAGGAACUGCCCAGGCAGCAGCAGAACCAGAGUCCUGAUGGAUGGAGUGGUGGAGAUCGCCUGGUUCUGCCCCUCUGGAUCAUAUGAUGAUAAAUUCAAUGACUGUGUUGCGUUCUGUAAUCUACACGGUGAUGCAGGAGACCAUGAGAAACAGCUGCAGAUCCUCACUGAAAUGGCCUCAGUCAAUGUUGUUCUUCUACAACAACUGGACAGGAAUGACAGACAUGCAGCAAUAAUGCAAAACCUCUACAAGGACAAAAAGCCACUCAUUUGUCUUUUUACGGAGGAUGAAACUACUGUAAAUGAGAUGAAGAGAGGGAAAUUCAAAAUCGGUCUGAAGGACAGAAAUCAGUCAGAUGUAUCUGAAGAACUCAGAAGAGCUAUAAAUGUUUGUCUCUCAGAAUUAUCUUCCACUUUCAGACUUGAAGAUGUGUGCAAACAAUCAGACAUCAGAGUAGAUGAGGAAGAUGAUGAUGACUGCAGGAGAGGAAGAGAAGCAGCACAGCAGAUGAUGAGUUUACUGGAGAAGAAAGAUCUGACAGAAAUCAAAGAAUCAGUUCUGCCUCAUCAGGGGAAACUGUGGCAUCAGUGGAGUCAGAAGUACAAAGAACUACAUCGGGGUUGAUUUAAAUGGGAACAAGACACUUCUCUAUUGAAAUCUGCACAUCAGCAGUUGCAAGUAACUGUCAGUAUUUUUAUCACAAUGCCUCAGGUGAAAUUGUCCUCUGGAGAGAACACAGAACAGCAGGAGGAGUUUAUGCAGACUGGACCAUCAGCCCUGACCUCUCUGAACUGCCCUACUGGAAGUGGUUUGUGUGCAUAUUCCAGAAAGAUCUGGAAAAACACUACAAUAAAUCUUUUGAGGGGAAGGGUGAGAUUCCAGAUGAAUGGAGAAAAUACUCAAAACAGGAAGCUAUUGAGAGUUUGAAUCAAUACAGCUAAUGGAGCAGAUACAGAAUGUGACUUCAUCUGUGGAUUAUCACAGUUAGAAAUGAGUUACUGUUACACAUCAGUGAGACUCUGAACUCAUCAACAUCUCAGCAAAUACAUCGGAUACAAGAGGAUUAAAAACUAUGAUCAGUCUAAGUAUUCAGUUCUAUCGAGUUCAAAAAAAGACAUCUGAAUUUUAGACAUGCAACAUAAUUUUUUGUUUUUUUAGAUUUAUAGAUGUUUUAAACAGUUGUUUGUUUUUGGUUCUGUUUUUGAAAUUAGCUUAAGAUAUUCUGAUUAUAAAAUUAUAAUAUCAGAUGUUUUUUCAGUUCAGUUUUCGCUUCAGAAGGCUUUUAUUAACCCCAUGGAGCUACUUUUACGUUGGAUGGGUGCUCCUUUUUUUGCUUCAGAUUUGGGCCACCCAUUCACCGCCAUUAUAAAGCUUGAAAGAGCCAGGAUAUUUUUAAAAAUAUCUCAGAUUGUGUUAGUCUGAAAGAAAAUAUGAUGGUUUGGGGCCAUCAGGAUAAGUGCAGGACCUGCACUAUUGCAAUCUGCACUUUACCAACUGGACUGUUACAUACACUCCUCAUACUGUACUGAACUGAUUAGCAUUGAGACUAAAAACACUUGACACUGUCACCUUAUUGUUAUUUGUCAUUUAGAUGUAUAUUAUUAACUUUUAUUAUUAUUAUUUUUAUUGUCUACUGUCCUUUAUUUGUGUAUCCCAGGCUUCUCAUGACUUUCCCAAGUUAGCCAUCAACCCUCUUUGUAUUCCUCAGUAUAUUCAUUAUCAACAAUAUGUAAUAGACAAAAAAUUAAAUUAUAAAAGAA